CACAUGCCGUAAGAGCAAUACUGAAUAUGCACGCAGAGGCGCAACACGCAGAGGCCUUCUGAGGCAAGAGUGGCCGGGCUGACGGAAGAGAGGGGUUCAGGGACUCUGCAGGUGCCGCGGGUCAGCUUGCUGACGACGAACUCUGGGUCAUAGGAUCACAGGCGUUUGAUAAUCCCGGAGGAGUAAGUGGCCAAGAGCAGCCGACCUGAGCCUGACCAUGAGUGACGACGCGUCCACCGAGCCGGACUUCCACUGGAGAGGUAGCAGGCGGAAGUGCGGCGGUAUAAGCUAGACCCAAAGGCCGUAGUGUGCGAGUCGUCCAUGUAGAACAUAUAAGCCAACAGGAUCGUCCAUCCAGAGCUGUUCAACUCUCGAAGCAUCUACCAGUAGUCCAGUACUUGGCAAACUAGACCAACAGAUAGCAACAACUUACAAGUAUAUCAUCGAAAACCAAGCAGCAACCAUGAGCGGGAACAUCGCUGUCACGGGGAUCCCCACGACUCCUGACUCGAACGGAGCCGUCCCCCUCCGUCGCGAGAUCCGAGACUUGCAGCAAAACUUCCCCGAUCAAUUCAACCUGCUGAUCCUGGGACUCAAGGCCCUGGAAAGCCAGGACGAGGGCAAGCUGACAUCGUACUACCAGAUCGCGGGGAUCCACGGCAUGCCGUUCAAGCCCUGGAACGGCGUGGGUAGCGACACGGACUGGCAGACCAGCAGCGGCUUUGGAGGCUACUGCACGCACUCAUCCAUCCUGUUCCUGACUUGGCAUCGGCCGUAUCUUGCCCUGUUCGAGCAAUCCCUGUACAACGUCGUCCAAGAGGUCGCGAAGCAGUUCCCUCAGGGCCCGCUUCGUGACAGGUACACGCAGGCGGCCCAGACCUUCCGCGCCCCGUACUUCGACUGGGCGAGCCAGCCGCCGCGGGGAACCUCGGCGUUCCCAAGCGUGCUGUCGACGCCUAACAUCCGUAUCGUCGACGUCGACGGCAAGACCAAGUCCGUCCCAAACCCCUUGUACCGCUUCAGCUUCCACCCGGUGAACCCGUCCCCGGAUGACUUCUCGGAGGAGUGGAGCCGCUACCCGACAACGGUACGGCACCCGGACCCGACAACGGGCCAGUCGCGGGACAACCGCAUCGGGCCGAUCCUGGCCAACGAGUUGGCCUCGCUGCGCAGCAACGUCGGCCUGCUGCUGCUGUCGUAUACCAACUUCGACGCCUUCAGCUACAACCGCUGGGACCCCAGCGCCAAUCCGGGCGACUUCGGCAGCCUGGAGGACGUGCACAACGAGAUCCACGACCGCACCGGCGGCGACGGCGGCCACAUGUCGUCGCUGGAGACGUCGGCCUUCGACCCGCUGUUCUGGCUGCACCACGUCAACGUCGACCGCCUGUGGGCCAUCUGGCAGGACCUGAACCCGGACAGCUACAUGUCCCCCCGGCCCGCGCCGUCCUCGACUUUCACCGCCCCAAGCGGCGAGUCCCAGACCCAGGACACACCGCUGGAACCCUUCUGGGACAAGUCGGCCACUAGUUUUUGGACGUCGGCCCAGAUCAGGGACACGCGCACCACCUUCGGCUAUGCCUACCCGGAGACGGCGCGCUGGCGCUUUCCUCCGGACCAGCAGGCGUACCAGGCGGCCCUCCGCCGUGCGGUGGCCGCGCUGUACGGCACCAACGUGUUUGCCAACUUUGUCGCCAACGUCGCGCAGCGCAGGGAGGAGCACGCGCUCGAUAUGUCGGCUUUGGUUACCCACUCGGAGAAGACGACGGCUGAUGACGCUGCGCAGGAGAACAAAACGGAAGAAGAAGAAGGAAAAGAAGGCCCCAUCCCCCGCUCCCUGCAACACCUCGCCCCAAACAACACCUACACCGAGUGGGUCGUCCUGGCACGCGCCCAAAAGCACGGCCUCGGCGGACCCUUCCGCCUGCUGGUCUUCCUGGGCGCCUUCAACGAGACCGACCCAGCCUCGUGGGACACCGAGUUCAACUGUGUCGGGCGCGUGUCGGUGCUCGGGCGAGACGCGGCGACCACGGCAUGCAGCAAGUGCCGGGCCGACGCGGCUGAUGAGCUGGUGGUUUCGGGCACGGUGCCGCUCACGUCGGCGCUGCUGCAGGAUAUUAUGGGUAUUGGCGAAGGAGAGGAAGAAGCAGGAGAAAGAGGGCUGAGGAGUUUGGACCCGGAGGAGGUGGUGCCGUAUCUCAGGGAGAGGCUGAAGUGGAAGGUGACUAUGUUUAAGAAUGGGGAGGAGAAGGACGUGGCGGCAGUGCCUGGGUUGAAGGUCAGUGUUGCGUCGACGAGGGUCACCAUUGGCGAGGAUGGCCUGCCGAGAUAUAGUGGUGAGUAUACCGUCUGGCCGGAGGUUACGGAGGGGAAGCCGGCGGGGUUGUGUGCUGGGGAGCAUGUGUGA